AUGGAAGGAAGCUUGUUAGAAACGAAGAACAGGGGUGGGUUGAUGAGACCAUCGUCGGAUGUAGUGAAGGUUGCUGCGCGCGCCAUGGCGCUGGUAGAAGCACUCACGUGGCAGAACAGCGACGUCGUCCGCAACGCCACCGCGCUGCCGACGUCGCCGUUCGCCGCCGACAUCAACGUCACCGAGCCGCCGUCGUCGCGCGCCGUCACCAUCACGUCGCCGAUCAUCACCUUCCUCGCCGGCAUCGUCGGCAACAUCAUCGCGCUCGCCGUGCUGCGUCGCACGCGCGCCGACGUCAGCCGCGGCAUCUUCUACGUGCUCGUCGGCGCGCUCGUCGUCACAGAUCUCGUCGGCCAGCUGCUGACGACGCCGAUUCCGCUGCUCGUCUACGUCAACGGGCUGCGCUGGGUCGGCGGCGACGGCGUCUGCCGCGCGCACGCCUUCGUCAUGAUGUGCGCCGGACUGAUGACGCCAGCAAUCGUCUGCACGAUGGCCGUCGAACGCUACAUGUGCCUCAAGCGGCCUUACUUCUACCAGACGAACUGCACGCGGCGGCGCGCGCGCGUCUACCUCGCCGCACUAUGCGCCUUCACGGUGCUGCUGGCUGCCUGUCCGCUGCUCGGCUGGGGCGCCACCGCGCUGCAGUACCCGGGCACGUGGUGCUUCGUUGACUCGUCGGCGAGUCGGCCGGCCGACGUCGCCUACACGUACGUGUACGCGCUCUACACGCUGGCGACGAUCGGCGUGACGGUGUGGUGCAACGUCGCUGUCAUCGGCGUGCUGCUGAAGCUGCGGCGACGGCGCACGCGCGAGAACUCGCCGUCUGAACAGACGAAUUUCGGCGGAGGCGGCGGCAGCGGCGGCGGCGGCGGCGGGAAGCGGCCGCGGGGCGUCGAGAUGCAGAUGGUCGUGCUGCUCGUCGCCAUCACGCUCACCUUCAUCGUCUGCUGGUCGCCGCUGAUGAUAGAAAUCAUACUGAGUCAGAGCAGUGGACUUCAGCACCAGCAUCUGAGCCUGAUGGCAAUUCGUCUGGCUUCUAUCAACCAAAUACUCGACCCGUGGCUCUACAUUCUGUUCCGCAAAACGUUGCUAGUACGCAUGCGCGAGGCGUUGUUGGCCGUCGUGCGGUCGUUCACUUGCUGCUACACGCAGGCUCCACCGCGCGAAGAUUCGCUGUCGGAUACGGGGAAGCAAGCGCCACCUAUCAUCGGCUUUCAGAUCGAGGUCGAGGUGCCGAAGCCUGUACUUCGGGCCCACACGCCCGAGCACAUGUUCCCGAAGUCUCCCGAACGUAUUCGGGAGGAGGCGCUCUUUAUCCGAUUCAUACAAGCGAUGGAGACGGCCGAGCUGGGCGGCGGCCUCGUCAGCAGCGGCGGCGGCGGCGGCGGCGGCGGCGACACUGACGAUGGUCCGUCGUCGGGCCCCGAUGUGAACGAGGCGACCUCUAGCGGCGAGCUCGAGAAGUUGGCUCAGCCGCCGGACGUCAAUGACUACUGGGUGGAGGAGAGCAGCUUCGGUUAUUCCCGGUGA